CCAGACCCCCUGGAGCGAGCAGGGGCAGUAUUUAAACAUACACCGCGCGGGAGAGACUCUUACAACCGUGCAGGCAGCGUGCAAGAACUGACCGGUCUCUACUCUCGCCACUUAACACAAGUGUUGCAACUUAGCUGACUGUCUUUCAGAGGGUCUCUAGGCUACACGGAAGGGCCAGGAAGUCUGCUGUGGUGGCUUCUACGAGACUAGAAGUGUGUGUCAACUGGUGGACGGACUACUACGCAGUGAAGCUCACUGGAGAGUGUGGUAAGACAGUGGUCAUACAGGAAGUUCAACAGAAGUGUCCACCAUUCUUCGUAUACGUGAACUUGAAGUUGAAACCCACGGUUGAACGUCCUACAGGACAAUACACAAACACGUGUUGAGGAUCAACAGAGCUCAUCCAAAGUGGUUGGGACGGUUACAGGGCUAACAGGACACCCAAACACGCACCGCUGCCACCACUUGGAACAAUUUCUACACGUUCAACGCUUUUCCAGACAGCAAGCGGUCGCUAGGACACAGAAACCGGCGCGAUCCAGCUCUCUACCUAUCUCCAUAGUGACGCUAUCUUCACCCCACCCACCCUACAAGUUUGCACAUUAGGUUCGGCCAACAGGUUGGACUUGCUGUCUUGACAACACCAAAAGUCGUCCGACCGCAUUCUCCAAGCGAACGUUCUCGGGACUGGUACCGUUCCCCUCCCGAAGGUUUUUCGUACACACACCGGUGGAUGACGACUACUACAGUGAUGGGUGAGAUUCAGGGCGAUAUCUCAGACUUGGCGCAGUUGAAGGCCAUGACUACCAAGCUGAACUUGAUGACGCGGCGGCCCUCGUACGUGGAGUGGCGGAAACAACUGGAGAGACCUCGGCCCAGACUCGGGAGAGUGCCCGAGGGCGAGAACCGAGGGGAUGAAGAGAGGAGAGAGGACAUUGAUAGGGCUCUGAACUGGCUACGGCGAGAACUGAUCGACAUGCGGUCCCAGGACCAGGCCCUGGCGCGCCAACUGAUGAAUCUACGGAAGGAAAUCCACCGUCUGAAGUUACAGAAGAGCUGUAACGAACACCAGGACAUGCUGGAAGAAGUGCAGGAGAUGUUGGAAGACCAGGACGAGCUUUCGGACUUGUCGUGUGACAUGCCACUCAACGGUUUCCAUAGAAACCUGGGCACACCCCUCCGCCAAUUCGGAGUCACCAAGAUGAACAUUAACUCCAGAAGAUUUUCCUUGUGUUGAUUUCCACCGUGGAACUUAUUUCUCAUUUAUGAAAAUAACAAUAAAUAACGUUGUACGAUCAUACUGAUUCUUCGUUUUGGUUGUUGCAGUUUCAUCAAAAUAUGAUUAAUUGGAAAAUAUAUUCUAGAACUAAUUGCAUCAAAAUAUGAAAAAAGAUACUCCCGGUACUGUUUAAGAUAUCGAUGUCAAUAAGAAGAUACUUCGGACUAUAGCUGCAAAGAAAAUGGUCCAAAUAUGACGUUUUAGUUAAAGAUUUUUACUAUAUGUAUGAAUGCAAAGAUACUUGAUAAUUUGGAAUCAUAUUGAUUACAUUGGUGUGGUCUAAAAACAACAUGUUUGUUUAGACUUCUAAUUUUUUGAUUCACUGAUAUUGUAAUAUAUGUUGACAAGUGAUACGUUAUAAGUGGAACAUCUUGUUUGUUUUGUCGAAAUAUGUUGCAAUCAAAUUGCAUUGGACCAGGGACGUAAUAUAACGUCCAUGAUUGAACUACUUACUGUUUGCUGAUAUCUCAAAAUGGUUGCCAGGAACUACGUCAUCAGGCAGCCUCGGUUUGGUCUCAGUCAUGCGCAGUGACCACGCGUGGUGGCAGUCGGGAUUUUUUUAAAGAAUUUAUCUAGCGGCCUUCCUGUCGUCUAAGUUUUGUCAUAUUUGGCAAGAACUUCAUUCAUGUAAAAUUAUAUUCUUGACUUGAUAAACAGUGUGAAAAGAGCUGGACACAACCGCAGCCAAAUGUUCGUUGCGUACUGUAACAAACGCUCUUUGGCGAAACGCUCAGUGUACGGAAAUUGUAACGUUUGCUGCAGACACGAAGUUGACUAACAACACAAUCUGAACAUUAAUGUACUAUUUCAUUUCACUCCCGAUCCUGUAUGUUGUAAUGAAUAUAAGCAAUGGGAUGUACAUGUAUAUAUUUGGUGCCUUUCAAACUUGUGUUUACAUUUCAAUAGUCUGUUGGCGUCAGAGCCGGAUGUUGGUAUUCAUAAUAAAGGAAACAAAACAACAUUUACUUCUGUUGUUUUUGUAU